UAUAAACAGGUCGAUAAAUUUUUUUAAGCGUUCAUUUGCAGAAAAUAGUGAAUACCACCCUAUUCUUGUUUAUACACAUAACAGUAAAUUUAGUGGAACGCAUUUGUUGUUAAUUUGGUAUCAUUCAUGACUUGGCUUUAGAUCCGGUAUUAAUACACUAACACAUGUAUCUUGGAAUGACGCCAUAGUUUCGAGCUUACUAAUGUCACAUUCGCCGAAGCUUCCGCUCUCUAUCUCUCGCGUAUUACUCUCAUUAAUCGAUCAACAAACUUGCAGACAAUUUCGUGCGAAGAGCUUUUUCCUUCCGAUUCUACCAUACGCAACAUCUAUCGAAAGCGACACGUAACAAACUCGCUACCCUGGUGACCGACGACAUAUCCGUCGCCAUCUUACUUUUGUGAAAAAGUUCAGCGACGGCGGUGUAGCUCAAAAAGUGGUGUUUGUUAGAACAAACAUCCAGUACAUCAUCGCAGUAACUUUCGAAUUCGAGACAAACGCGUCGUCGCCCCAGAAAGGCUCGAUCGGCGGUCGGUUGAUUGAUUGGGUUCCGUGUGUUGUGGCAGUUGGUUACUGGUUUAUUUUUUGUGGCGAAUUGUGAAUUCCCGGUGCAAAUUCCUGUGAGAAGAUUUUCCGAUUUGUCGCUAAUAGUUGCGGACCGGUUUAGUGGUAGUGUAGAAAGGGACCCAUUCGUUCUCGGUUGUUUGUGGUCCGGAUUGCGUCCGGUGACAGUGAAUCAGUUUUCGAAAUUAUCCUAGAAUUGAAAGACUUGUGCAAGUAAAUGGUUUUUCGUAAGUUUGCGCGAAGAAAUCGAAAAUCUUUCAAAGGAGUUUGAUGUUUUUUCUGCAAUCUAGGAGAUUCUUCAAUGUAAACCCGUAAACAAUUCAUAGAAAAAUUUAAGCGAAAAGUGCACAUAAACAAAAAAUGACGCGUAUCACGGAAACCAAGUCCGUGAAGGUGGACAACUGGGGAGUGUUUUUCCUGCAGAAGCUGCAGAAUUUUUUCAACAAGACGGACCAUUGCGAUUUGACGCUGCAGUUCAAUGACAACUCACAGCUGAAAGUUCACCGGCUGGUACUGAGUGCAUGUACCGAUUAUUUCAACAUGCUGGAAAAUACAUGCGAAAUGUACGACGACACACUGAUUAUGCCGUUGGAUCUGCAGGCGGACGUGAUCGUUCCGAUUGUGAACUUUAUGUACACGGGCACGCUGGAAUUUCAGUACAACAUGUACGACAAGUUGCUCAAAACGGCGCGCGAUAUGAACAUGACGGUGUUGCUGAAACUGUUGGAGGCCCACAAGCAAACGACUCGUAUGAUUCAAGGCGGUCGUCAGCCGGUAGUGCUGAAUAAACAGGCACCGAUGCGGGGUCGUGCGGGACCUCCGAGUGUGACCUAUCAAGCACCAUCCAGGAAUUAUGGAGCGGCACGACAACCGGCUCCUACCAGAGUAACCGCGCCGCAACAGCGAACUGGUCAAAUCGUUAAGCAUCAGACCACGGUCGGUCCGGUUUCAACUUAUGGAGCUUUCGUGCGGAACCCUCAACCGGAACCGCAAGCGUUGAUGUCGAAGUAUGGUUCAGCCAAAGAGCUGAAGCCGGGUCCUUCGAGAUUCGACGAAAAUGCCCAUAGCGAUACACUUGAGGGACCGUUCGAUGAUAUUACGUACGAAAGUAAGCCGCUUGUCACGGCCGAUCAGAUAAAGAAGGAAGACGAACCGUUUGAGGAGUUGCGAAAAGGUUACACCAAUGUCAGUGUGGGGAAACGUCCGGCUUCGUCUAGUUUUGGCACUUCCGUAGCCAAGAAACCAAAUUUGGAAGAAGUGAAAGAGUUUACGGAAGCCGCUAGAUUAAGAAGCCAAAUGGCUACAGAAGAAGAUGAUUCGCCGGGUUUUGCUGAUGAUACUCCGUUCGAUGACGACGAUGAAGACGAACCGCAGGCGCAGCAGCAGCAGUUGCCCGUCAAGACAAGCCCGAAACAAAUCGUAAUAAAACAAGAAGCCAAAACGUCACCCGGGGCGGGAGCGGUAAAGCAAAUCACAGUGAAAGACGAGUCCGGUAACGUAGACCACGCAAAGAUCAUCAGCGAAGUACUGAAAAAGUAUCCACAUCUGGUAAAGAAAAACAAAAACAUUAAGCUAAAAAUCAUGCAAAAAACUUCACCCUCGGCAGCAGCGGCGGCGGCACCGAGUCAGGCAUCUGCUCCGGUGAAAAUGGAAGUCCGCACGGCAACACCGUUGAAAGCGGAUUUAUCCAUGGUACGAAAAGCUACCGAUGCAAUACGGCAACCGCAACCGCAAGCUACUUCCACACCGGGGCCACGAAAAAUUGACGCCAAAACCAUGCAUGCUCUCAUUGCCAAGGGUGCCGAAAACAUGACCGGACCGUGGUUGUGCCUUCGGUGCGGCAUCGGCGGUCGACCGAUCAGUAUUCCCAGCUAUAAGGCGUUCCGCAAUCAUCUGAUAGUGAAGCACCGAGAACGAAUUGAUGCGCGCAUUUGCGAGCACUGCGGUUGGAAAGCCGAACAAAGAAAUCCGCAUCUGUUCUAUCACUGGUUAACUGCGCACAAUAUUAAAUCCACCGUUAAGUUCCCGACCUGCGGCGAAUGCGGCCACGUAGCCCUGAAUGCACAAAGCCUCGAAAAGCACGAAGAAGAAAACCAUCAACGCGGUGAUCUGCAGCAGUGCAUAUACUGCAAUAAAGUGUUCGAAAAGGAAAUGGAUCUGUACGAUCACAUGAAGAGUUUGCAUAAAGAAAAAGCACGUGAAGAUGGUGUGAUUGAUUUCUCCGACGAUGAGUACCAGGUGCAGGAGGAAGACGAAACCCCCAGCCGGAACAGUAGCCAAGAGAAUAAAAUUAAAAUCCUAUCCAACAUAACGUUCAGCAAUACCAGUGCGAUCCCGUUUGUGAUCGAUCCUAGCCAGGCUCAGACGGUGUCUCAAAUCGGUGGGAAAUCUCAGCUACAGUUGCAGCAAAUCACACUGGAACCGUCGUCGGAAGCGGAAGCGUUGAGCAAUGUGGCGUCCGGUAUUGCCACCAGCCUAGGACUGGUGGACAAUGCCAGCGUGGUCAUCGAAGAUCCCACCUUCCAGGGGCAGUUCAUCGAGCACCAGUUGGCCACGGUGCACGGUGAAACGGGAACGACUACGACGCUGUCGGCUGCCUCCGGAUCGGAUCAGCUAACGAAACUGAUCACCGAAGACGGAACGGAACUGCAGCUGACACAAAGUCAGAAGGAUGAAAUCUUUUCGCAGCUUCAGAACAGCGGAAACGGCGGAAACGUGGUGAUGGUUCUCAACGACGAAAAUUUCAUGAGCGGUACCGGUCUACAGCUAGCCGAUGGAACACAGCUGAUUAACACAGCCGGCGGACAGGACUCGAACAUCGUCGUUAUGUACAGUGAAGCAGCGGAGGAAUUGGCCGCCGCUCCGAUCAACACCAUCACUACGACCAGUGCCUCAAUGACGGCCGUCACUCCCACACCGGAGGUGGAAGAACACGAGGAGGUUGUUGCUACGACGGCGAAGAAGAUGGCCCCUUCCGCCGCAAAGAAUGCCGAGACAAACGAGGACGAAACAUCACAAGCGUCGACACAACUGUCGGAGAAAGCCAGCGAAAAAGGUGCCGAUACCGAGGAGAUGGAGGUGGAUGCCGAAAGUAGCCAGGAACUACCCGCCGAUGAGAGUGCUAAAGUUGAGGAGAAGACCAGUGGCGGUUUAAAGUCGGCAAACGGAGCACAGAAAAGCGCUCAACCUAAAGCGGGUGAAGAUGAAGACCCUGAAGAAGAUGAUGAAGAAGAAGAGGAGGAGGAAGAGGAAGAAGAAGGAGAUGAUUCCAAGUCAGCAGAUGAAGCGGCGAAGGCGGAAAAGGAACGUGAGAAAUUAAAACUGAUAUCGGAACUGGAAGGCGAUUGGUCGGAGGAUACUGAGGAACAACCGACUCCGACCGUGAAAAAUGAAAAAGAUGAAAAGAAAAUUGUUGAACCGGAACCUACUACUGCCACCGAUGCAAAAACGAAACCGCAAACAGAUAAACAACGUAAAGUGAAAGAGGAUGACAUUGGACAGUUGUUGGACGAUUGGAACAACGAAACUAAAUUCACUGAAUCCGAUUCGGAUGCUGACCUGGAGAAAAAACUACAGAAGGUGGUUGGUGAGAAGAAAGACGAAUCUAAAGACGAGGAUAUCACAAUGGAAACCUCGACUGCUGAUAACACUGCCGAUAGUGUGAAUGACAGUGCGAAUGACAGCGAGACGCAAGUGAUAAUUAUGGCAGCGGAGAGUGAAACGGAAACCUCGCUGAAGGAAGAUGAUGACGCUGAUAAAAGUCAGGGUAAGGAAACGGAGGAAGCAGUUCCGGUGAAGGAAGAAACUACCGUAAAAUCGGAGACCACCGAACAGAAGGAUGGCUCGGAAAAGAAAGAGAAGGCUGUCGAAGCGAAAGAAGAGCCAGACGAAUCUGGUGAACAAGAUGACGAUGCAACUGAACAGAAGGAUGAUAAGGAAACGGAAGUUAAAGCCAAAUCGAAGGAAGUGGUUAACUCACUUUUAGGAGAUUGGGACGAGGAUGACGAUUUGUAAAAAUAAAAUCAAACCUAUCUUCAGCAAGUGACUUCAAAAAUCGAAAAAUAUAUGCUAAUGACAUCAGCAUACAAGUUUAGAAAUAGCAUUAUUGGUAAUGUUAUUAAUUCUAUAGAUGGAAUUUUAUGUUUCGUAUCUAAAUAAUACAUUUAUAAUUUUUCACUUGGCAUUUAGUUAGCUGACAUGUUGUUUGAUGCUUGUAAUGUUAGACCAUCGUAGGAAUACUCGACCCCAAGUUUGAUCACUUAGGAGAGGAUUUGCUGCUUCGUAAAGCACCAUUGAAAAUCGAGUUCCAAUUGCUGGCAGGAAUGUUUUCCGUGAUGUGGUCAAAAUUUUCCCACCAACCGGUACGAUUUAAUGAAGAAAAUAAAGUUUUUAUUUUUUAUAUUGCAACAAUCACAUUAUAACACAAUUAUAUAGUCCUGGAAGUACUAAAAUUUUAAAUAGAAUAGUUCGAUCCUUAAGAAACAUAUUGUGAACAGGCGGAUGUUUUUGUUCAAUGCUAUGUUUUACGCUAUCUUUGUUUGGUGUAGAUUGAAGUUUAAUAAAUGAAUAUAGAUUGUAUAAA